CACGAUACCUCCGCCGCGACCCCUUCCCUCUCUUCCAGCUUGAAGAAAUCAAACAUCGUUGCCUCCGCCCACUUGCCAUCACUCUUCAUGAAUCACACCUUCUCAUGCGACACCACCAGCGCGAUGAAUCCCGCCUCCGCACCUCGAUCCCGUAUGCAUGCACCAGAUUCACCGACAGGAUCACCCGCCUCGAGCUGCGAUCACCUUGUCGACCUUGACACCUUCCCGAUGUUGCUAUGCACCACACACAGGUACCUGGUGGCGGAGCCACGUUAUUUCUAGGUGGGGGGGGGGGGGGGGGGGCAAACUUUCAAAUAUAGGUAAAUUCAAAUGUAAAACUUAUAACAAAUUUUGAAAAUAGACUAGUUGGUAAGACUUUAGCUCCCUCCACAAUGACAAUGGUUCAAAUCGCUCAAGUGUAGAUUUUCUGUCACCUCUCAUUGAGAUUCAUGGCUCCUUCACUGGUACCCCUUACUGUUGAGCCCCGCGUCGCUGAAUGACUCGUCGCAGGUGACGAGGAAGCCGGUGAAUUGAUAAAUUCGGGAGAUCAAUCCCGCCGUCGGGAAGAAUGGAGAGGAAAAGCUGUUGGCAGGUUCCAAGGGUGUAAGGAGCAAUGUCAAAUUUUCAGUAGUCAUAUACAAACUCGAACCAUAGGUACAAACGACGCUAUUACGAUUAGCAGAUUAGGGAUUUCUCAACAAAAAACAUUAGAGUUCAUAGAUUGGGAUUUCAAAUGAUUGCCCGUCAUCAUUGGUUGGCACCAUCUCAUUCCUUUUUCUCGUCAGGUGUGAAAGGAUGUCUUCAGAGAUGAUAAUGUCACAAAUCUAACAGGCAACAUCCAUCUCGACCUACGGGUUUUGUUCAUCAUCGGACAUAAUCGGAGCUUCUCGCAUGUCGGCAUGUGGGGUUCGUUCAUUAUCGACAACAAUGGUGCCUAGACUCAUCGAGAAUUGCAGAUAUAUCAACAACAAAAAUGGAAACUGGAAGGGCUUUAUGGCUUUUGGUGCAGAACGAUAGACUGUGGUUAGCUUAGAUGAAAAAAAUUGAAAAAACUAAUUUCUAAAAAAUAUCUUUUUAUUUUGAAAUUUUAAUAUCUUUCGGGAAAACCUAAUCCCAUGGUGAAUUCGAUAAGCAAUUUCAAUCAAAUGCUACUGUCGAGAUUCAAAAUUUUGAAGUGUAGAUCUAAAAGACAAAUAGAGAGAGUGGGGAGGAUAAGGGCUGCAACGGCUGCAAGGAAAGGCAUAGUCGGGGUACAUGGCGAGAAGAGGGCAAACAAAAUUGAAGCUCUUUGAAAUUUGUUGAUGUCUCUUCUGGUUGUGGUCAAUCGAAGAUUUGUGCAUAAGAACCCAGGCACCAAUACCGAUUCUUAUGGUCCUAUAGAGAAGCGAUCUACUAAAAUCUGGUCGUCGCCGCCUCUCCUCCUCCGAAGUAACUCUUCCCCGCAACCAUCGUCAUCUCGAGGAGGCCCUAUUUCAAAUCGAUAGGCGCGGCUCCUAGGUUAGUGAGGUGGUGGAGCAUGCACAGGAUAUCAUUAGCGCGGAUAGAGAGUAGAAGAGAUGGGGGGGAGGUGCUUGGAGAAGAUCUUGAGGUACAUAAUCUCAGCUCAAAUCGGAUCCCUAACUUCUUCCCAACUACACGAUCUACCAUGCGCCGGAGAACACCACCAAACUCCACAUCAUCGAUUUGGAGAUAUUAUCCGGUUUCAGUGUCCGAUUCUCAUCCAAUUCGUUGCGAUGAGACCCAAUUCGAGGAGCUUCCCAAGCUCCAGAUCACAGGGAUCGAGCUUCCACGACAAGGGUUCAGGCCGUCGGAGCGUAACAAGGAGAUAGACCUAUCGGAUUGUUGAUGAGAUGUGAAUAAGGAGAUGGAAUUGCA